AAUUGUGUGAUCCAAAUAGGUGGAUUGAAUGCCCAAAAUUUUAUCAAAAGAGUUCUAGCUAGAUUUUUUACCAACGAAUUAGCGACCAAGUACUCAUGGACAGGUUUCAGAAAUAACAAUAAGUUAGAAAACUUAGAGAUUAUUAAAAUUAUAAAAGGGGUGUGCAUGAAGACAUUCAAUGGAACCGACGUAGAUUUUGAAACCCAUACAAAAAAUUGGUUUAGGCAUGCUAGCCUACGUCUAUCACGAGAAAAACAAUGAUUUGAUUUAACAUUAUUAUUCAAUAAUCAAUAUAUGCUUUAUUUUAUCAUAAU